AUGGGUAAAUACUACGAUGAAGAAGAGGAGGUAGAAGAUGAGUUGGAGGAGGAUGAGGAUGAAGAGGAAUAUGAAGAUGAUGAUGAUGAGGAAGACGAAAAAACAACCAAAAGCAGGAGAAGCAAAGACUUGGGACUUUCCUGUAUGCUCAACACAGAGGUGGGUGCUGUCUUGGCAGUAAUUCGCCGAAGGUCAGACCCCGCCUCCCAGUUUUAUGGUUACCAAGAGGAUGUCUUAGAUUCAGCCAUUCCACAAUCUUUAAAAUCAUUAAGAUCAAUUAUUUUCAAUCCAAGACAAUCAUGGAGAGUGAUCGAUCCAUCUAUCUACCUCUCGCCUUUUCUUGAUGUAAUAUCGUCUGAUGAUGUCCCUGCUGGUGCCACAAUGGUUGCUCUCUGUUCCAUUUUGAAAAUCAUAAAACUUGAUAUGUUUGACAAAAAGACCCCCGGGGCUCGUGAAGCAAUGUCUAAUGUUGUCAUGGCAGUAACAGGUUGUCGCCUAGAGAAGACACACCCGAUCACAGAAGCCGCUAUCAUGAUGAAAAUUUUGCAAAUUUUAGCCGCGGUGAUGAAACACCCUGCCUCUAUGCUUCUUAAUGAUCACACAGUUUGUACCAUUGUAAAUACAUGUUUUCAGGUAGUUCAACAGUCAGCUAGCCAAGGUGGUUUACUGCAAAGAAGUGCAAGACACACGAUGCAUGAUCUAAUCCAGAUUAUAUUUUCAAGGUUGCCACAGAUUGAGGUGGGAGAUUGGGAUAAUUACGAAUCAGACACGGAGGAUGCGACUGAGGAAACCGGUUAUGGGAUUCGUUGUGCCGUAGACAUAUUCCAUUUCCUUUGUUCUUUAUUGAAUGUAGUUGGAAUGUCCGAAACAGAAGGGUCUCCUGCUCUGACCUCCGACGAAGAUGUCCAGGUUUUCGGCCUGGUUUUGAUCAACUCGGCGCUAGAAUUAAGUGGUGAUAGCAUUGGAAAACACAAAAAGCUAUUGCGAAUGGUAAAAGAUGAUCUUUUCCAUCAUUUGAUCCAUUACGGAACAUCUUCAAGCCCACUUGUUUUAUCAAUGAUUUGCAGCACUGUUUUGAAUGUUUAUUACUUCCACCGGGGAUCUAUUCGUUUGCAACUCGAGGCUUUCUUCUCGUUCGUGCUGUUCAAAACUGUAAAUCAAGGUUACAUGAUGCAGCUCCAAGAACUCGCGCUUGAAGGAAUUAUAAACUUCUGUAGACAGCCCACGUUCUUAGUCGAGGUUUAUCUGAACUAUGACUGUGACCCUCUCUUCCCUAAUGUUUUUGAAGAGAUCGGAAAAAGUCUUUGCAAGCACGCAUUUUUGUCGGGUGGCGGUGCAGCCACCACCACGAGCUUACAACUCCAAGCUUUUGAAGGUCUCAUGGUACUGAUUCACAACAUUGCUGAUAACGUUGAUAAAGAAAACGACUCAAGCCCGACCGGCCCAUACCCUGUUGAGAUUUCAGAAUAUAAACCAUUUUGGGAGGAAAUUCCAAAAGAAGAUACAGAUGCAUGGAUUGAUGCAGUGAGAAUGAGAAAAGCGCAAAAGAGGAAGAUGAUGAUCGCUGGGAGCCAUUUUAAUCGAGACGACAAGAAAGGGUUGGAUUAUCUAAAGAUUUCACAACUGAUAUCUGAUCCACCCGACCCGAAAGGUCAUGCUAUGUUCUUAAGGUAUGCUCCAGGGCUUGACAAGACCAAGAUUGGUGACUUUUUAGGAGAUCCAAGUGAAUUCAAUCUAAAAGUACUUAAAGAAUUCACAGACACAUUUGAGUUAACCGGGCUUGUUCUAGACACAGCUUUACGAACAUAUCUAGAAACUUUUCGACUUCCAGGAGAGUCACAAAAGAUUCAAAGAAUCCUAGAAGCGUUUUCUGAAAGAUUUUACGAGCAACAAUCAUCAGAGAUUUUUGUAAGCAAGGAUGCGGUUUUCAUAUUAUGUUACUCGGUGAUCAUGCUCAACACUGAUCAACAUAACCCACAAGUCAAGAAAAAGAUGACAGAAGAUGAGUUUAUUAGAAACAACAGAGCAAUCAACGGCGGCCAAGAUCUCCCACGAGAAUACUUAUCGGAGCUUUUCCAGUCCAUUGCAACAAAAGCCAUCACAAUAUUUGGUCAAACAGGGUCUGUGAUUGACAUGAACCCGAGCCGUUGGAUUCAGCUUAUGAAUAAAUCAAAACUGGUGCAACCUUACAUAACAUUCGAGUUUGAUAGAACGAUUGGUAGGGAUAUGUUUGCUGCAAUCGCAGGUCCAACAGUUGCAACACUGUCUGCGAUUUUUGAGCAUACCGAGGAUGAAGAAAUCAUUCAUGAAUGCAUUGAGGGAUUAUUUGCAGUUGCCAGGAUCUGUCAAUAUGGACUCCAAGAUUCUCUUGAUGAACUUAUUUCCUCUUUCUGUAAAUUCACAACUUUGUUGAAUCCUUAUGCUUCAGCCGAAGAAACACUAUUUUCAUUUGGGCAUGACUUGAAGCCACGAAUGGCUACACUAGCGGUUUUUACAGUUGCUAAUAACUUCAAAGACUCAAUCAGAGGAGGCUGGAGGAGUAUCAUAGACUGUUUGUUAAAGCUAAAAAGGCUUAAACUGUUGCCUCAAUCGAUUGUUGACGUUGGGGGUUCUUCCAAGAAACAUAGACGAACAGAGUCAGAGACAGUAAAUGAUCAAACGGGCCGGAUUAACACCUCUAAUCUAAUGGCAGCAAUAUCUCAUUGUUUAUCAAUGGAAAACCUCGAAGAGAGCUUGAAUUUAGGAAUAAGUGAAUUCGAGCAAAAUUUGAAAGUUAUUCAACAAUGUAAAAUUGGAAACAUUUUCAGCAAGAGUUCAACUUUACCUCUUGAGCCGUUGUUGAAUCUCGGCCGAUCCCUCAUCUUUGCAGCUGCCGGAAAAGGACAGAAGUUCAACACUCCUGCAGAAGAAGAGGAAACGGUUCAGUUCUGUUGGGACUUGAUUCAAGCAAUGGCUUCGUGUAACGUUCACCGGCUCCAAUCGUUCUGGCCCACGUACCAUCUAUAUUUUCUUGAAGUUAUUAAGUCCCCACAGUUUGCACCAAUUCCUUUUGCUGAGAAAGGCGUUGUGGCACUCAUCAGAAUCUGCAUGAAGCUUCUUUUAUCUAAAUCAAAUGAAAAGCAAUCAGAAGAACUUAUUUUCGAAUCUAUAAAUGUGAUGUGGAAAUUAGAUAGUGAAAUUAUCGAUAUAUGUAGUGAGUUCAUAACUAAAUCCAUAGCGAAGAUCUUAAACAAGUACCCAACGAAUUUAUUCUCGCAGUAUGGGUGGAAAACAGUUCUUCAUUUGUUAUUGCUCACAGGACGACAUGCAGAAACAUACGAACAUGGGGUCGAAACUCUCAUUAACCUAAUGGCUCAAGGUACAGGACUUUCUAUCAUGAAUUACCAAUACUGCAUCGAUUGUGCAUUUGGGUUCGUUGUUAUGAGAAAUAGUCCAGUUGAUAAGAACAUGAGGCUGAUGGACUUAAUGGCGGAUUCUGUCAAAUUGUUAGUUGAAUGGGUAGCAGACGGUUAUUCAGAUCCGGGAAAUAUUUCAAGUAUCUUCAGUAGUGCAUCGUCAGUUGACGAGAGCAUGAGAGCGGCCAAUCUGUCAAUGAAUCUUUUCGUGAAGCUAGGUGAAGUUUUGAGGAAAACAAGUUUAGCAAGACGAGAAGCGGUAAGAAACUACGCCGUCACGUCCCUCAAUAAAUGCUUUGUAAACGCCGAAGAACUUUAUUUCAUGCCCGCGAACAUCAUUAACUGUAUCAACUUAAUUAUCUUUGCAAUGGUUGAUGAUUUGCAUGAAAAAACAUUGGAAUAUUCGAAAAGGGAAAAUGCAGAAAGGGAAACGAGAAGUAUGGAAGGGACGUUAAGUUUGGCAUUGGAGUUUUUGGUGGAUGCUUAUUUGCUAUACUUGAAAGUGAUAUCAGAAAGUCCAGGAUUUAAGACGUUUUGGUUAGGGAUAUUGAGAAGGAUGGAUACGUGUAUGAAAGCCGAUUUGAAUAAGUAUGGAGAAUCGAAGAUGAAAGAACUUGUUCCGCGUUUGUUAACCAAGAUGAUCACCGCAAUGCAAGAGAAACAAGUCUUGACACAACACGAAGGAAAUGAGAUAUGGGAAGUCACAUAUAUACAGAUACAAUGGAUUGCUCCUUCACUUAAAGAUGAGCUCUUCCCAGAUGCCCCAGAAUGA